UGCGCCCCGGAUCCCAUUCUUCGAGCUGAAAAACAGUAGUGAAGCUUGGCUAUCCCAUCAUACAGACAGACAGCUCGACUCUUCGGGAUUCUCCAACUAUCAGCUCUAGUAGCUGAUAUAUACUGUGCAACCCAAACAUAAGCCUCGGUGCUUACCUAUGAAAUCCGGCUACGAUACAAAGUAGUACAUAUCCCGUCUUUUCUUUACGACCAUUCGUUCUCUUCUACUUUGAGGAGAGCAUACCAUCUAUUCCUUCUAUUAUCUCUCAGCCUACAUAUCCUACACAUAACAGUCACGAUGCGAGGCUUAACCAAGUCAUCACUCUUUCACAAAAAGUCUAAGGGCAGCCUUCACGGCAGGAAGGACAGCGUCGAAGAGCACUCCACCUCUCACACGCGUAAAUGGAGUACGUCGAGCACCGUCUCGUCGGCGAGCAGCUCUCCCGAUGCAAAACUGUACGACCCGCUGUCGUUACACCCGCCCCUAAAUCUGAACACAUCGCCAAACAUUAUCCCGGAGUAUGACGAGGCGCGAUGCGAGGAGCAAGAGGAGCGGGAACGCCGAUUCCUGGAACGGAGACCGCAACACCCCGCGGAGCACAUGGAGAGCGCCGCCGAGUAUUCGCCCAGCAAGGGCCGCAAUUGCUCUUUCGUCCGGCCGACCAGCGGUCGCCCCUACACCUACGACCAGAACGUCCAGUGGCCGCUUAAGGAUUGGCAGACGAUCCCGCCCGGACUAGCUGAGCUCGAUUCUUCCCCUCCGUCACCUUCUUCACCUUCUUCACCUACCACCCAGCAGCCUACCUACCGCCGGCGGCCGACGGAUUGGAUGAACGAGAGAGACGCGCUGUUUAAGCGCGGCGAGUGGAAGCGCAGGGGCAUAGUGUUCCACCUCGACUCGGACGACGAACGGGAACAAGAGCAGCACUUCGAACUACCUGAAUGCUAAAAGAAGAAAAAAAAAGAAGAAGAAAAGCGUUCAUAUACCUAAACUAAUCACCGCUUUACUAAAAAAAAAAAAAAGUUUCUUAACUUAUUAUUCGACACCGUGUUUUACUACGACUAUUGUUACUACUCCCACUAUUACUACUACCACUACCACUACUUUACUAUUGUCAUU